CCCCCCCUUUCUGCCCUCCCCAGGCCAUGGAGAGCAAGCUGCUGAUCGGCGGCAGGACCAUCGUGGACCACACCAAUGAGCAGCAGAAGAUGCUGGAGCUGAAGCGGCAAGAGAUAGCUGAGCAGAAACGCCGUGAGAGGGAGAUGCAGCAGGAGAUGCUGCUGAGGGAUGAGGAGACCAUGGAGCUGCGGGAGACCUACACAUCCCUGCAACAGGAGGUGGAGAUCAAGACCAAGAAACUGAAGAAGCUGUACGCCAAGCUGCAGGCUGUGAAGGCGGAGAUCCAGGACCAGCACGACGAGUACAUCCGCGUGCGGCAGGACCUGGAGGAGGCACAGAACGAGCAGACACGGGAGCUGAAGCUCAAGUAUCUGAUCAUCGAGAACUUCAUCCCACCAGAGGAGAAGAACAAGAUCAUGAACCGCCUCUACUUCGACUGUGAGGAGGACCAGUGGAAGUUCCAGCCACUGGUGCCGGCUGGCGGAAACAGCAACCAAAUGAAGAAGAGGCCAACCUCUGCAGUGGGCUAUAAGAGACCCAUCAGCCAGUACGCCCGCGUGGCCAUGGCCAUGGGAUCGCAUCCGCGGUAUCGGGCUGAGAACAUCAUGUUCCUGGAACUGGACCUUUCCCCUCCGGCAGUAUUUGAGUUUGAGCGGAGCCGGGACCCGGCCGAGCAGGACCCACGGGCUCUGCACCUGGAGAGGCUGAUGCACCUGGACAGCAUCCUGGAGCGGCCGGCAGCCUCCCGGGUGAGGAAGUCCCGCUCCUGGUGCCAGACACCGCGGUCGCUGCCAUCCUCCACCACGCACGCAUCCCUCGCUGCCAGCUCCCCACGCACCUCUACGACACCGGCACAGGAGUGAUGGCCCCAGGACCCCCAAGCCCAGGACCCCCGACCCCAGGACCCCUAACCCCAGGACCUUCUGAUCCCAGGACUGAGGCCACCUCUGCCCCAGGGCUGAGCAGUGUCCUCAGCAGCAGCAUCCCACCGCCUUCAGCUACUUAUGUGCACUGUAUGUGUGUGAGAUGCUCCCAGCGGCUCCGAGACCAUGAGAGCUGUCCUCUUCAUCCUCCUUCCCCAACACACCCCUCCCAAGUCUGGAUCUGUCACUUUAUUUAUUUAAUGUAUUUAUUUAUGGAGUGGUUGGCGAGCAGCUGGAAUGUGCUCUCGCAGGACACCGAGCUGGGUCAGCUCCGGUGCUUUGAGCCCCCCUGGACCCCAUUGACUUUGACACAAGAUGAGGUGGCUCCAGACACUCCUUGCUGUGUUCACUGGAUCUCAAGUUUGCCAUAUAAUUCGUGCUUGUGGCAAAUCCUACAAGACUUCAGAGACUUCUCAAUGGCAGACCCUUGUGCUGAGCUUGUCCAAGACCACAAGGAACACUCUGGACUGCGUCGGCAUUGGUGGCAGUGAUGUUUCACUGAUGCCUGGGCACGGCUGUUGCUCCAAAAGUGCCAGCUCUGUGCACCAAGUGGGCUGACAGAUUCACCAACCAAGUCAGCCCAGCGCAGCUCUCCUCUGGAUAGAGGUCACUUGGGGUCUGGAGGACAUUUGGUGAUUUUAUGGGUUGCGGAGGGAGAACUAAUGAAUGUGAAACGGGUAAUGGAUAGGAGAGGGGUGAGCAGUGAGGCUCCUCUGUCUGGCACAGAGCAAUUUGUAACCUAUCAAAAGCAGCAUCUGCAGUUGCUAGGAGAUUGAGUUGUGCUACAGCAUCCUGAUGAAUGAGGGAGCAGCCUCCUGGUCCAGGAGGGAAGACAUGGGUCUGCAAAGGGAAGAGUGCUGGAGCUAAUCUCUGGGUGGGCAAACUAAGAGAUUACAGGUGGGGGCAGUGUUUUCUGCAUGCAGGACCUCAUCUAAUUCCCAGGGAGGGUGGGAGGGGAACUUGCACUGAUGUGAGGGAAGCACUGAGGGCAGCUGCUUUGGACCAAGUGCCACCUAACGAGGCCAGGCUGGGGUGUGCUCCUCUCCUGAUCCAUCUCCUAUUCUACUGAGGUCUUCUUCCUUUGUCCUGUGCUGCCCUGCUAUGUGUUUUCUGAUCUUCUGCUGCCAUCAUCCCUUCCCUGCUUAUAUCCCAUAGCUGAAGUUUCAUCCCCCAACCCAGAAUGCAGCAGCUAAGUUGAGGGGCUGUGGGUUGCUGCUAGUACUUGUUGUGUUCCAUCUGAGUGGCCAGCUGGGCUCUUGCAGAAGUUUGCUGUUAGGAGAACCGUGGGAUACCAUCUGGGGCAGAGUGGUAAAAUGUCUCAUGAGCUUGCCCUUAAAUCCUGGCAUAUGUGGAUAUUAACUCAAUAGUGAAGGCUGCCAUUUAGGUAGGUGAAGAAAUUCCAGGGAAGGACAGUCAAGCAUUCAGCACUGUCCUUCUGCCCAACCUUCUGCCUAUCCUUUUGCCUAUCUUUCUGCCCAGCCUUCUGUCCAACCUGCUUCCCAUCCCUGUCCAUCAUUCUGCCCAUCCUUCUGCCCAUCCUUCCCCACUCGGUGAGCAGGGCACACAAGGGAGCAGGUUUAUGAAGAUGGGUCUCCUCCAUGGCUGGUGGCGAGUUCCUUCUGCCUCAGACACAUUCGUAGUUGGGUUGUGUCCCUGGAAUUGUGAAACAAGUGGAUGGGAGAUCCAACUCCUUUCUUCUUUUUCAGGAUGGCCCCUGGGAUUGAAGAUCAGAAAGUAAAGAUCUAAGAAAGGGGAGAAGCUGUCUGCAUGGCAUGGUGGCACAGUGGGGAUGGGUUGGUGAUUGGACUAGAUGAUCAUAGCGGUCUUUUUCAACCUUAAUGAUUCUGUCAUUCUAUGGCAGCCUGCAGGAGGAUUUUCUCCCUUCCUCUUCAUUUUCCAAUUGCCCCAAGUUCCUUGACAGCCAGGCCAGCAGCUCACUGAGUCCAGGGAUGGGGAACCAGAAGAGCUCAGGAGCCAUCUGUUCUUUUUCCACCAUAUUGAGCCCAAACCAAGCCCAUGGGAACCUGCUCACAUCUUGGGGAAUGCUCACCAGGGCCUCCCGUGGUUUUCCUCCAGAGGAUGCUGUGGAUUCCACCUGGAGACUUUCCAGUGGGCUGGUGGCUCUGGGCUGCCCUGCUCCAGCUUUGUCUUAUUCUGCCCACAUCCAAGCACUGCUUCGAUGCCUCCAUUGCAUGUGUAGGUCCAGAACCUCACUCUGUGUCUCCAUGCAUUGCUCCGACCUCAGCCUUCCAACACAAAGCCCCAGGGAGGGCUCGGAGAUGGGAAGGGGUGAGAGUGCCGUGGCACUUCCCCCACCCCGCAGCCUCACCACGUCGCUGCAGCAACCUCAGAUGUAUAUUUGUAAUGUUCUUUGUUCUUUGUAUGUUGGUGCGUGUGUAUUUACAUAUGAAUGUGUGUAGGUGUGUGUGGGUGUGCGCGCACGCGUGUGUGUAGCCAAGGGAUCUAUUUACCUUCAAUGUGAGUGACUGUACAGGGGGGGGUUGGUGGGCUUUUUUUUUUUU